UGUUUCGAGUUCAAAGUUUCAUUACCUGUACUUACCUGAAAUAAUCUGCAAGCGAUUUUGUUAUCAAUCUGUUAUCGUACCUACCUGUGUUGAUUAUAUACGAACUGGCUGGAUACCCCAAGGCAGUUUGUGAGGGAUUGCGGCGUUGUGCUUACUUAAAUAAUAUGGCAGAGGAGCCGUUGGUGAUCGUAGCCGUGAGGCUGGUGCUGGAGUUCCUAUGGACCCUCAUCGUGAUGAACUAUGAGACCUUGAAGGCCAUCUACCUGUUCUUCAUCCCGCCAGAGCCUAAAGAUGUCACCGAGGACAUUAUUUUCAUCACAGGAGCCGGUCAUGGCAUGGGCCGCGAGGUGGCGCUGCGGUUCGGCCGGCUCGGCGCGACGGUGGUCUGUGUGGACGUCAACCCUGCCUCCAACGAGGAGACCGCCAAGAUGAUCAAGGAGGAGAAGGGGAAGGCCUUCCAUUAUCAAUGCGACAUCACGAACCGUGACGCUGUCUUCAAACUGGCAGAGAAGGUCCAGAAAGAGGUCGGGGAUGUGACCAUACUCCUCAACAACGCUGGUAUCAUGCCCUGCAAGCCUCUCCUGAGGCACUCCGAGAAAGAAAUCCGGUCGAUGUAUGACAUCAACGUCCAUGGAGUUCUAUGGACCAUGCAAGCCUUCCUUCCCACAAUGUUGGAGAACAACAAAGGCCAUCUCGUGGUCAUGUCGUCCAUGGCUGGGCUGAUGGGCUUCCGCAACAUCGUGCCUUACUGCGGCACCAAGUUCGCCGUCCGGGGUAUCAUGGAGGCGCUGGCUAUGGAGCUGCACGAGGAUAAGACUAGAGCUUCGGAUGGGAUCAAAUUCACCACAAUCUACCCUACCAUGGUGAACACGGGUCUGUGCCAGAAACCCCGAGCUCGCUUCGCCAAGCUCAAUAUGGUGGAAAAGGAGUUCGCUGCCGAUCUGAUCGUGGACGCCAUCAGGAGGGAACUUACAGAGAUCUCCGUUCCUACUGAUCUCUAUUACGUUACUAGGUUCAUCUUCCGUUUGCUGCCCUACAAAGCUUUACGGGCCAUAAAUGACUUCGUCGCCACUGGCCUGGAUCCUCACGACUAGAUCCUGGAGGUAGUUAUGACAAACUGACAGUUACCUAUUAUUAAUCUAGAUUAAAUACCUAUAAGUUGUCCUGCUGGUAUCACUGUAGAAACUAGGGUAUUUUUUACUGAGUAUAUUAUGUGUGUGUAGGUAUUUGUGUUUUUUAGGUCCUGGCAUAACCUAAACUCUGAUAAAACAGUAGAGCACUUAAACAAUAAAAAACAGAUAACUAAUUACUAGCUUGUAAAAAUAUCACAAAUCUGGUUACCAUCUAAUCAAAUCAUAUGUAAUAAUAAUAUCUACUGCCAAAGAUCGUAGGUUACUCCUGUGAUAGAAAUGUAAGUAAUCCUACUACCUACCUAUAAAAUAGGGUGUUAUUAUGGAUGCAUUUUAUUUGUGUGUCUUCUUGUAUCUUAUUUUUGAUAUAAAAUAUUUAGUACGACUAUGUUUAUGUAGGUGAUAGUACUUUUUCAACAUUGAAACAGUUUAUUCAAGUUUUUAUAAGUUAUAAAAUAAAUUAUAUUGUAAAAA